UGAAAUCAUACAUAGUAUAAAUAUGUAGUGACAGGGGUGCUGGACACAACAAACCGAAAAUGUCAGUCAACCAAGUAGUUUUAUUGUUAUUACUGCCCCUUUGUUUCGCGAAAUCCGACGUAACUUUUAAAAAUGUGACGUUUCGUGGAUACAGUGUGUUCACUGAAAAAUUCAAGAAAGUUAUACCUGCAUCCAAUAGCCUGAAGGAUUUUUUACCAGAGUCUACGUUUGAUAUGAUCGAAUUCAGAGACCAGAAUAUUCCAGUAUUGUAUGAAGAUUCACUGUCCAAUCUCGAUGAAUUAGAUGAACUGAUUAUUGAAUCGUGCAGUGUAUAUGAGAUAAGACCUGGAGCAUUGAAAAACGUUCCACUACUACGAAGACUAUCACUAAAAGCCAACAAAAUAGAAGAAAUCAAAGGAGACAUCUUCAACAAUCUCCCCCUAUCUACCUUGGAUCUCAGCAAGAACCGCAUCACCACUAUUUCACCCACAGCUUUCGAUUACAUGUCAUCGCUCUUGAACAUAAACUUGGCAGACAACCAGAUCUCAGUAUGGAAUCCAUCGUGGUUCAAGAACACCCCACUCCUCACCAGAAUAUCCAUGCAGAACAACUCGAUCACUGUCAUCCCUGAACAGGCUUUCCACAACCUCGAGGGUGAGAAAAAAUUCGGGAAGAUAGACCUUUCCAUCAACCUCAUUUUCAGCUACAACAAGAUCGAAAAGAUCCACCCUCAAGCUUUCAGUGGCCUGAAGAAGAUCAACAACUUGUGGUUGGACCACAAUUCCAUCGAAGAAUUCGACGGAGAUCUGUUGAAAGGUGUUGCUGUCAAAGAGCUGAGACUGAACUACAACCAGAUCAAGUGUCCCACAGGAGACCUUUCCGAAAUGUUUAGGGCUGAAUUGACUAGCAUCGACGUGAAUCCUCUGGAUUGCGAUUGUUUGGAGACUAUCAAGGAUUGGAAGAAGAAGACUGGCAAACACGUCGAACUUUUUUACGCCGAUAUGGAAUGUACGACGCAAAGAAUAAAGAAGAAGAUGACUGCACUGGAAGAGAGAAUCAAAGAAAUAAGAUCGAUGGAUAAGGAGACUGUGACCAAUGUGGAUCUGCUUCCUGCAAAGCCUAUCAAGUAAAUGAUGGAAUAAGAAGAUAUCUUCAAAGAAUAUUUGAGUACAGUAGUUGGAAGUAUAGGAUAAAAAUACACAUACAUAAAAUAGUCAUACGAUAAUGAUAAACAUAUUACCAUUUCACCUAAUCCACCAAUUCUCAAGGGCUCAUGACUUCUGAGUACUGGAAUCAGAUAGUGAUCAAUCUCAAACUCGUCUAGGAUGGUAUCCUAUCAACUCUUCAGUUGUUCAUUGUACGACACCAGUUUUUCUUAGUUUCAUAUUUUUAUUAGUUCGAACUAUUGAAAUAACAACUUUUUUUUCCUAUGUGUUAUUUUUGUAUCUAGCCUAAUUUUUGAGGAAACAAUAAAAAUUCGAUUUGACUCCAA